CAACUCGAGAACCAAAUGGCCUCUUUAUAGAUCCUGGCCACCAGCUAGCCUUGAUAUUAUUAUAUGGCUUUAUUAGGAGGACCCUCACCAAUGCAUGCUACAUAGGAAGAGCUUGUGUGCAUAACACCGUGCUGAUGUCUAGUCAGUAGCUUCGUGUUGAGUGCUCGUCCACACAGUAUAUCACCUGCCGGUUGCGCCUUGUGCAAGUCUUCCCUUCCUAUCUACCUUUAGAUCUCCUUCCCAGUUCCAUAGACACGAUCUCGUCCAUACCCAUAAUCCCGGCAUAUCAAUUUGCCCUGUACUGGAAAUUCCAUCCCAGCGCGCUUCUUCAUCGUAGCCAAACGGUACCACAGGUCUAAUCCGCAGCCAUCUACAGGCAAACCUUUCGGUAUGCACAAACCGUCUCCAAUAUCCAACACAACCGACACGGGCAUCCCGCCGCCUUCUUUCCCUCAAGUCACCCCUUCCACCCCUCCUCGUCCCGGUUUAUCGGCCGCAGCUCCAGACCCAUCCGACCUCACCCCUCCCACCUCGCUCGGCCCCAGCUCACACCCUCCCUCAGCGUCCACAUCCUCCCUCACCAUCGGCCUGAAGAACGCGAACGGCAAGAGAACCCAUUCCCGCACCGACCUCGACAUCAUGGGCCCCCCCGCCGAGCCACCCGGGCCGUCCACUUCCAUCUCCACCCCUGCUCCCACCUCCGCGUCCGCGCAAACCGGGACCAAGCGCGCGCACCCGGACUUCGCCGCUAUCCACGGACAUCGCCUUUCUACAUCCUUGGAUUUUCGCCCUAGUACGCCGAAUCACGCGGGCAUCGUGCCAGAGGGGAAUACCUUUGUGCACAAGCCCAGCGGCUACGUCUGGCCGGCCGAGGGGUACGAGGAGUCGCCGGGAUAUAGCUGGACGAAUGAGAAGGCGUUGGAGGAAUAUGCGCGGGCGAUGGACUCGCUCGUGCAUGUGGAGAUGAUCGAGGCUCGAUUCGGUGACCCGCUGUUGGCGAAGCGACGGAAGGAGAAACAGCUGCAACAGCCGCAGCAGGCGGAUGAGGCUAUGAAAUGACAGAUUCCUCAAUCAACACCAAGAGAGACAAGGGUUGCUGAGCCAGGAGAUGAUCGAUUGACCGCGUCGGGUGGGCUGAUGUACUUUCUUGGGAGGCGGAAGUCUCGUGCUCUACUACAGUUGCUACGGACCGAAUACCAUCAAUCUAUUACUGAGGGGAGCUGCUGCAGAGAGAAAAGUAUUUCGGCAAAACUAUAUACUCUGAAAUACACAGCUUUAACGCAUUCGCAAUUGAAGUCGUCUAGCCAACCCAAUCACCGUCAUGACAUCGUAUCCCGUAACGCCACGCAAAUGCUCCUCAGAAAGGCGAUCUCCAACCCCUCUAUAUCGCAUCGCUAUCAUCCCCAUCAUCCAGCACGUCGUCAUCCUCUUCCUUCCCUUUCUCCAUCUCCUCCACCAGAUCCUCCCCAUCCAUCGUCGUCUCCCCCUGCUCCUCCUCCUCCUCCUCCUCCUCCUCCACCUCAUCAUGCUCCAACUCCUCCCCCUCCCCCUCCC